AUGAAACAGGGAGUUCUCACCCACGGACGUGUUCGUCUGCUGCUGAGCAAGGGUCACUCCUGUUACCGCCCCAGGUGGACCGGCGAGCGCAAACGCAAGUCUGUGCGUGGCUGUAUUGUAGAUGCCAACUUGAGUGUGUUGAACUUGGUGAUUGUCAGAAAAGGUGAGAAGGACAUCCCAAACAACACUGUUCCACGUCGUUUGGGUCCUAAAAGGGCAAGCAGAAUCCGCAAACUCUUCAACCUGUCCAAAGAAGAUGAUGUGCGCCAAUAUGUGGUUAGAAAGCCUCAUGCUAAGGAAGGGAAGAAGCCCAGGACUAAGGCCCCCAAAAUCCAGCGUCUUGUAACACCUAGAGUUAUUCAACACAAGCGCAGAUGUAUUGCCCUGAAGAAGCAGCGCACUCAGAAAAAUAAGGAGGAAGCAGCAGAGUAUGCCAAGCUCCUUGCUAAUAGAACAAAGGAAGCCAAGGAAAAGCGCCAGGAGCAGAUUGGCAAAAGGUGUAGACUUUCAUCACUGAGAGCCUCCACAUCUAAAUCUGAAUCCAUCCAGAAGUAA